AUGAUGCCUUCGUCUACCACAGAUCACGCCUCUGCCGCUUCCAUCCCGAAUCUCAAGGACCGCAUCCCCAAGCUCGAACCCCGCCGUCGCCGCCAAACACCUGCGAAUCCCACACCUUACCCAUCCACGCCCGCCCUACCUGCACCUCCUGCUGGCACCAACUCUGCCACCCAAGCGUCAUGGGAGUUCAAGACGCCCUCGCGGCGCAUCCUCUCCCCCCAUGAUCACGAGCUAUUCCAAUCAUCUCAGACCGCCGAGCUCAUACAAGCGUGGAUCUUUGGCAUCGCAGACGCCGUGGUGGACACCCCCUGCUCAGCCGUCAAAGAUGCCGACUUGACACCCACCGUCCAGUCCAUCUUGUCUAUCCUCGACGAGGCCGAGACCUUUGUAUCGAGAUCACCCCCCGACGAGCAAGGCGGCUCGCGAUUCGGCAAUAAGGCGUUCCGCGGCUUCCUCGACCUUGCCCGCGACGUCUCGCCGCGCUGGCACAGACAGAUGGGCGUCCCGAGCGACGCCGCGAUCGACGAGGCAUCAACAUACCUGGAUCACUCGUUCGGGAACAAGAAUCGAAUCGACUACGGCUCCGGUCAUGAGCUCAACUUCUUCAUGUGGCUGCUGUGUCUGUACCAGCUCCAUCUCAUCGAGCCCUCGACCGACUUCAAGCCCCUCGCGCUACGCGUCUUCCCCCGCUAUCUCGCACUCAUGCGCAUCGUCCAGCUCUCGUACUACCUCGAGCCAGCGGGGUCGCAUGGCGUGUGGGGUCUCGACGACUACCAAUUCCUCCCCUUCUUAUUCGGGGCCUCGCAGCUACUGCACCAUCCAUACAUCACGCCUCGGGCUAUCCAUCAGGACCUCAUGCUCGAGGAGCACGGAGACGAGUUUUUAUAUCUGAACCAAGUGUCCUUUGUCAACUCGACAAAGACAGUCAAAGGCCUGCGGUGGCACAGUCCCAUGCUAGACGACAUUUCGAGCUCCCGGUCGUGGUCCAAGAUUGAUGGAGGCAUGCGGCGCAUGUUUGUGGCCGAGGUACUGGGCAAACUGCCCGUGAUGCAGCACUUUUUGUUCGGCAGCUUGAUCCCCGCAGCGGAGAACAUGGGCACGGAUGAGGAGGCGGGCGCAAGCGAGGACGCCGCCGAGGUGACGCAGCAUGAGCAUGACCACGCUAAACACGGUGACGGGACAGGCUGGGGUGAUUGCUGUGGGAUCAAGGUGCCCAGCAGCAUCGCAGCGGCACAAGAGAUGAAGAAGAGAGGCCAAGGGCAGUCACUGCGGAGAAUCCCCUUUGACUAA